ACGCAGAGGACACUUGCCGCUGUAUAAGUACUUUUACCAGUUUUGCCAACGCACGCGAUGCCGGCUGAUUACACGCUCAGUAAUGAAAGCGUCCUGUUCGCGCGCGGAGGUGCUGUCAUGUAGCCUCUGUCCUUUUUUUACGCCAGUGAAAACGCUAUUGUGGGCGAAAAAUUCCCCGUCGAUUAACAGUGUGAAAUAUUCGGACCUAAACGGUUGCAGGUCCAAACUGUGUGGAUUAAACGUCAAUCAAACGCGAGUUAUGAAUGUGAUCGUGCAUUUCGUCUUUCAGGUGAUCGUAUAUCAACUUGUAACAUGUCAAGGAGGUGGUGGACCGAGCACUUUCGGAUACGACGCGUCCUCGGCUUGUAGUAAACCGUAUUCUCGGGCUGGUCGUGCCCGAUUGUCGAAUCUUCCUUGUGAUUUUCGACGACAAAACUGGUGCACGAUAGCUGGCAGCUCUUAUCCUUGGCAUGCGGUUCGUCGUUUUGUACAAGAGAAUCAAGGAUUAAUGAGACGCAUGUAUGGCGAUGAAAGACACAUUAACGUAUUAAGAGCAGAAUUUGAGAGAAAUGAUGUGGAAUUAAAAUAUGAUGAUUAUUAUCAUCAUUUUUCAGACGAUCAUAGAAAAUAUCAGUACAGUCACGAUUACGAAUAUUUCGAGGCGGAUGACGAUUUAAAAUUGAACAACGAAUUCCGGGACGAGGGACGAGGUUUUACGAGUAGAUCGUUCAACGAUAACGUUGCAAAACGGUUAAACAAAUUUCCAAAAUUAAGCGAAUACACGAGACCUCAUUUUCGACCAACCGAGAGAACCUCGACUAUUUCCACUUCAACGAGCACGACAACGACUACUACUACAGCGCCACCAACAACUACCGCCUCGUCUAGCAAGGCGGAAAAUUUAUCGACAACGAUAUCCUCGACGAUUGUUUCGACCACUCAACGCGAGUCAACUACGAGAAAUACUCCAUCGAUGACGAGUUUGGUAAAUAGCACAAACGAGGAAAAGAAAAACUCAUCGGACGAGAUGACGACGCCCACGGUGACAAGUUCUUACACGGUGAAAGAGCAAAAUUUCAGUAUCAAUGAAAUUUCCGAGCAAAUAGACAGAAUAGACGAGGUCGUUGAGGAAGCUGGCGAGGUAGUAGAGGUUUCUGAAUCUAACGUAGGGGAAACGACGACGAUGAAUUUUCCCGGCACUACUGAAUUACCGGAUGAGUUACUCGAUGGUAACGAAGAUUUAUACGCGACACCGAAAGAGACGACCGUUCGAGAGGAGGAGACGUCCAACUCGAACGAGCAACAAGAGUUCAGGCCACGACCGGAAUAUCGACCCAAUAAGCCGGAAGUUUCGACUAUGGAAGGCCAGCUGUAUCAGGAUGUCGCGGCGAAAGAUCAACAGGAACAACCGGUUCUCAAGCUUCGAGGAGUGAAUGCUUGUCCUGUAAAGGAGGAAGUGGUUGCACCAUUUUGGGCGAAUAACACACGAGGAGAGGUAUUGGCACUUUUGAAUCUUUAUCCAUUCGAGCAAUACGUUCAUUGGGAAAAAUGCACGCAUGAGAACAAGCAGAUGUACUGUCGAGAUGGAUGCAGAUGCGAGCAACAAUAUCGACUUCACCGGUUAUUAGCUUACGACCCAAACAACGAAUGCCGUGGUAUUUUCAGCGACUGGUUUAAGUUUCCAAGUUGCUGCGUUUGCCGUUGUUACGAUUUGCCUCUUGAAUUUCGCGUAACAUCACGCUCUCCUCGCACUCAAAAGCAACGAAUUAAAGUACAAUCGCCUCGAUACACGUGAAGAAACUAAUUUUUUUUGGUCGAUAAAAAUUUCAAAAUUCUCCUCUUAAUUUCAUAUAUAUUGUUUUGUUUUAAUAAUUCGUUAUAU